GCAAAGUUAUAUAAAUACCGGCACAGCUGAUCUUAUUGAUAGUAGGCCAAAGUAACGUUUCGUGUGUCAUCUUCAGGGUUUCUAAGAGCCGGCUUUUUGUCAAUUUUUACCGAAAAAAAUGGAAAUCAUUACUUGGACCAACCAGUUCAACAAUAACGUGGGAGAGAGUGAAGUCGUGCUCGAUUCGGAGGUUUUGGCCGUGGAGGCGCUCUCGAAGCGCUUCGCCGACGAGUUGAAGAAGGCCAAAAGGGCGCAAUUCGCCUGCGGAGAGGUGGUGUUACCGGCCGACUUGACUCGAGCUUUGGCGAGGGACGUUUUGGCCAAAGCUGAGAAAGAGCCCUGCGGGCUGAAGGGCUGCACGAUUUUCAUCAAUUUUGAGAGUGGUGAGGAGAGGAGGAGAUUGAGUGUGGUGAAUUGCGAUCCGUCGACGCCGACCACUUUCGAGCUGUAUUUGACGUUAAAACAGAACGUUAAUGGGUGGAAUCACUUCCUGCCGCAAUUUUUAAAGAAAAUGACGAGGAGCGGCACGGUUAUGAUCUCGCCCGAAUACGAUCUUCAAAAGAAGAAAUUGUAUAGAUCGUACGAUGAUUAAUACUUAUGUACCUUGCAAAGGGGGAAAAGACUGAUGAUUGCAUAAGUAUUCGAUUUUUCAUCAUUUUCAUCUUUUUGUUGUGAUAUUAGGUGCGAUACGACGGUUUGGGAUCCGACAUUUUUCAUGAUUUUCAGUAUUUCGGGAUUCCAAACUGAUGAUCUCACUGUACUCGACUAGUGUAGUUGGUAGGAUUUUUAUUGUUUCUCUACGACUAAAAAUUGUGAUAGUACAGAUCAUGUACAGCUUUUUAUAUUAUAAACAUUAUAGCACGUUAUGUAAAAUAAAAUGUUUACUAGAAAAUAUAAAUUUUAAACGUG